AGGUUUUAUUUAUUUCUCACGACCAAAUAUUGUCUCAGCUCAUAUAUAAGUGUGGUCUUGUGUAGUAAUAUCUUCAUAUUGCAGUAUAAUGUCGUACGUUUUAUGGAUUCUAUUUAUGAGUAUUAUAGGCUAAUGCUAAAUAUGACAUUCUAAGUAUCUAAAUAGAAUAAAGUCAGUUUAAUGUCAAAGAUAAAGAAAACCUUCAACAUCUACUGUAAAUCUAUAUUUUGUGCUUUGCUAAAAAUGUAUAAAACAUGAAUAUAUUUUUCUGCACUUUGAAGGAUUAUAAUAAUAAGUAUCAGAUUAUCUGUUGUUUUUAAGACAAAGCAGGAGAGAGAAGUUAUUCUAAUGUCCAGACUUCUCUAAGUAAAAAAAACAAAACAAUAUUAGAUUAAGAGUGAAGAAAACCUGUGGCAACAGGGAAUGGGGAGGUGGGAAGAUCUUACCUGAGAAACCAGCCAAUCAAAGGCAAAGGGGUGUUACCUGGGAAACAGAUAAAGUCAGUGUGACGGAUGACAUUUUGACAUAAGCCAAGGGCAAAUAGUAAACAAAGAGGUAAAGAGGAGUAGCCUCGUACCUGGAAACCUCCAGAUCCUCCUCUCUUUGACUCUGACCUGGGACUUUAAGGGCUGAUCCCUAGAAGGUGAGAAGGAACUUUACCAUGUCUUCAUUUGAGAGCCAGGGCCAGUCUCCUCCUCGCUGUGGCCCCCAGUUCCCCAGUCUUGGACAGGAGCCUCCUGAGCUCAGCAUGUACAGCGACUGCUACUACCCUCCUCCCUCACUGCCGAGUCCUCAGCGCACGACUCCGACCUCCUACGACCUCAGCGACUACGCGGCCUCCUCUCCAAACCCAUACCUCUGGUUCAACGGCUCGGGGAUCAAUGCACCGCCGUACCUGGCUACCACCGGUCCCUCUGGAAACCCCGGUCCUCCUUUUGUCCCUCAGCACUAUGGUAUGCAGAGGUCUUACCUGGGCCCAGCCGGGGCAGGGGGGCACGGGGGAGAGAUGGGCUGGUUUUCUUUGCCAUCACAAGAAGAUCUGAUGAAACUGGUCCGGCCGCCGUACUCCUACUCUGCGUUGAUUGCUAUGGCCAUCCAUGGAGCACCUGACAAGAGACUGACCCUGAGUCAGAUUUACCAGUAUGUCGCUGACAAUUUCCCAUUUUACAACAAGAGUAAAGCGGGCUGGCAGAACUCCAUCAGACACAACCUGUCACUCAACGACUGCUUCAAGAAAGUCCCAAGAGAUGAGGACGAUCCAGGAAAAGGCAACUACUGGACACUGGACCCAAACUGUGAGAAGAUGUUUGACAACGGAAACUUCCGCCGCAAAAGAAAGAGAAAGUCUGAUUCCAUCUCAGGUGGUGAGAACAGUUCCAGAGCUGCAGAGUCAGGUGACAGUGACAGAGGCAGCCCCAAGCCUCUAGGAAACCCUGCCAUCAAUAUCUCACCCACGCACGACAGGAUCCCGUCCCCGUCAUCAGGUCCCACUCCGUGUCUAAGCAGCUUCCUGUCUGAGAUGUCUGGAGUGACCUCGACAUCGGCCAGUGAGGUGGGAGCUGAUGUGUUGAACAGGCCGCUGCCGAUCAACCUCCCUCUAGACGGGCCCAGACCUGCUCAGCACGGGAGCUUCAGUAAUUACUCCCCCAACUCAGUCGGCCCAGAGUGGGUCGCACAAGUACCAGCGCCCCCUGUGCUCUCCUCUUCGCCGACCCACUCUUCUCUAGGCUACAGCAGUCCCAUUCUCAGUCAGUACAGUGGCUCCAACGGGCAUUUUUACCCCACACUGAGUUCUACAGGAAUCAUAUAUCAGCGGGAAGGCACAGAGGUUUAAGACGAGAGAAUGAAAAAACUAGUUUGAAAAGACUUUUAUAUGAAACUGUAGUUGUUUGGUUACUUGGUGGUUUAGGAAAAGGUCUGUUGUGAAAAACAAAACAAAAAAACACACAGUGAGCCGCUGUGUGUGACAGCGGAGGAAGAAGACUCUGAUUCUCACAGAAGCAGCUGAGUCGGCGGUCUCCGUCCCUGAGACUGCCGUCGGCCAUGCUAUCUGAUCCACAGUCAGCUUUUAUUCACUCUCAAACCCGUCUCUAUCUAGAUCUGACUCUGACUACGACCAGAUUCUCUUGGUGAUGUGCUGACAUCAGGGCAUUCCACGCUGGGUUUCUCACACAAAUGUAACACUCAGACAGCACAUUUAGCAGAGUGGAUAAAUAACACCGUCGUCGACAAACGGUGUGAGGGAGUGUUUUUAUGGCUAAAUGAAAAACAAACCAGGGGUUGGAUCUUUGUAAAUACAUCCACGUGUUGUGUAACGUUAAACAUUUAUAUUGUUGGUUUGUUGUUAAUUCUUGAUGUGUUUGUUUGAUGUUUGAUGACAUUUUUGUUAUGAAUAAAAUACUUUCCGACUUCACAA